ACUCUCACUCUCUCCUCUGCUGGAUUUUACAGGAGGAUGUCGACUCUUUUAUGAAGCAGCCAGGCAACGAGACGGCAGAUUCGGCACUGAGGAAGCUGGACGAACAGUACCAGAAAUAUAAAUACAUGGAGCUCAACCUGUCUCAAAAGAAACUCAGGUUGAAAAGCCAGAUCCCACAAAUCACACAGACGCUAGAAAUCCUACGACACAUGCAGAAGAAAAAGGAGACCACAGAGCCAAUGGAGACACACUACCUGUUGGCUGACAAUGUUUACUGCAAGGCCUUAGUGCCGCCCACCGACAAAGUGUGCCUGUGGUUAGGGGCUAACGUCAUGUUAGAGUACGACAUUGAUGAAGCCCAGGCUCUCCUAGAGAAGAACCUGUCCACAGCAUCUCGUAAUCUAGAGACACUCGAAGACGAUCUGGACUUCCUGCGAGACCAGUUCACCACCACCGAAGUCAACAUGGCACGAGUCUACAACUGGGACGUGAAGAGAAGGAGCAGAGAAAACCUCCUCAAAUCAGCAGACAAGUCUUAAUAUCGACAGCACAGCGUCCACAUCCCCUUCUGCUAACUAUGUUCUCCUUAGUCAAUAAAAAAACAAACCCCCUCACCCCCCAGGUCAUGUGUAUGUUCACCCCAGAGCUCGACAGAUGAGAGGGCGCGUUUAAAAUAUCUCUAGAAGUUGUAGUGUGCUGCUCGAAUGAAAGCGCGCGCACUAAUUCUGUUUUAUUUUGAAUAUGUUCUCUGUCAAGUCGAGCUCAAUCUUCCACCACUACUGUUUUCUGUUGAUUUGUUACUUUUUAAAGUAUUUUUUCAAGUAAAAACUAACAAAAAAACCAAAGGCAACGAGGCAAUUUUUGUAUUCUUUUUAAUGAUUUAAGUAUGUUCCUGUUAUCUUUGCAGAUUGUGAGUGAGGGUUCUCUCGCAUCGUCUUUUCUCCCCUGCGUUUUCCCUCCUUACUAACCUGCACUUCUAGGGUUUUUUUGUUUUUUUCUCAACUUGCAACAACGUUCACAUAUGGGACUGUUUUACUUGAGUUGUUAAUUCUUUAAAACGCACCCAGUUGCCAUUAUAUUCAGUAGAAUCAGGCCCGUGGGAUGAUCACAACAGAAGACGAAUACAGAAUAAAACAUUUAGGGCUUAGAGGGAUCAACUGUAGUCCUGCUCAUAACCUGCUCCUCCUCCAUCCCCUUCGACUUUUCCACACUCCACUUCCGCAUCUUCCACUUCUUCUCCAGUUUCCCCUUUUAGCCGCUGUUCUGUCUGUAUUUAUUUGUCUCUCACUGUAUUCAUUAAACAAUGAAUGAAGUUAAAGAAGAACAAUUUGGGCAAAGAGAUGAGACCUUGA